CUUCAAAAAAUACACAAACAAAACCAAAAAGCAAAAAAAAAAUAAUACAAACACAAUGAUUCGCUCGGGAAGCACUAAAGAAAAAUAUCGUUUUAGCCGUCUAAUUAAGCAAGGCAAGCAACACGUUUUACCUGCUGAUCUUUUUCCUUUACCCGUGCAAACCGAUAAGAGCCUUUGUCGAGAUGCCUUCCUCCGGCAAGUGCUUGGGUCUGACAAUUAUACGGAAACUUUGGAGGAUCUUUCGUCCACUAAUCGUCGAUCGACAACAUUCAUAAAUGUUGGUGAUUCGAAUCAAAAUUUAUCAGAUGUGAAACCAUUAUUUAGGCCAUCAAAUGCAAGAAGAUCUCAGUCGACUGUUUUAUCAACUGAUUCAAAAGUUCUUGCCAUGGAUCUCAAUGAAAUGAUGCUAAUGAGAUAUCGUUAUUUAUUAUCAGAUAUCGGAAAUCAAAGUAUUCGCUUUCUGAUAGAAUAUCUAAAGUCUCAACUUACGAUAAUAGGUGAUGUUUGUUGCGGCAAAUUGGAUCCAAUGUAUAAAGUAUUCAGUUGGUCAAUAACCGAUCAUUUGGCCAUGUUUGAAACAAGACGUAAUACCGUCUAUUUGGAUAUAUUAGAACGUAUGCAAACGGAAAGAGAAUUGGAUAAAAUGAAAUUAAAAGUCGAUAUUAAUGAGAUAAUACGUCUACUAGAUGCCAUACAGGACGAUGUCAAGACCAAAACUGAUCCAUGUCAGGGUUCAUUGCGUCUAUUAAAACAUACACAACAUGAUAAUUUGAAGUAUUUGACAGCACCCUUUGAGAAAUUGCAACUUGAACAUGAUGACUUGACUUUGGCACUUUCUCAAUGUAAGCCAACUGCUUCAGUUAAUUCCCAGUUUGCUGCAAGACGUCAGUAUGUCAAGUUGAAACGUUUGGAUUGUGAUUAUUUGCAUCCAAUUGAGGUACGCUAUUCUAUAAAUCUUGCCAACGAUGCUGUGGAGCGAGCCAAUUUUGUUGAUAGUCUGGCUCAAGAGGCCAUAACCGAUGAAUUGGCCAAAAUUGAGCUUCUUACCGAGCAGGAUGUAUACGUCUGGCAAUCUUGUCAGUUAAGCUAUGCCCAAACUAUAGAAGAGUACAAGUCUCGUAUUGAACAAUUGCAAACGACCUAUGAUGAGGAUAUGGAUCGCACUGAAAAUGAGUUGCAAGAAAUGCGUAAUACUCUGCAAAAAUGUAAAGAUGAUCUAUUAUACUAUCAGGAAGAAGUGCAAUUCUUUCAGAGUGAAGUUAAACGAACUCAAGAUAUUAUUGCCCAAGAGCAGUUGAAACCAAAGAAAUCAAAGGGCAAAGUGAAGAUGAGUAAAACGUAAUUUCUCACAAUUUACAUAUUUGCUAACAUUGCUAUGUACCUAUGUAUCAUAAAUUCUAUAUAUUAAUAACUCAA